AUGAGCUUUGAACUCACAGCUAAUUUGAAACCCAUCAGCCUUUCUCCGGUGGGGCAGCAUGGACAAGGGGACUUUCCUUCUCUGCCUUGGCUCAAGUCCAAUAUGAUCUUGUGCAGACCCUAUCCACAGCGUAAUGUGGAGCUACUUGAGGCAGAAAGAGAACAGAUUCAGGAAUGGCUUUGUUUAAAUUGCCAAACCCAGAGAGCAAUAUCAGGACAGCUUGGAGACAUGGGCAAAAUGCCACCUGCACAGACAGGACCAAAAGCCUCUCCUAUGCCUGUCCCUACAGAACAACCGUCUCAGAAAAUAGCAAUGCCUGCCCAAGUAAAAGUGAAAAAGAGGGAACAAGAAGAAAAAACAGAAGGUGAAAAAAUCAUUCCAGAAGAAGUGAAAGAAACACCUUCAGUUGAAACAAUUCCCCCUAAGGGAACCACAGAUCAAGUCCAGGAGGAGAGUAAACUAGAGAAAGACAAAACUUCAGCCCCUCAAGAAAAGAAGCCAACCCCUGACGACAAAAAGCCACUCGUAGAAGAUAAAAAGCCUCCUCUUGAAGAAACAAAGCCAACCCUUAAAGACAAAAGGCCAGCUCUUGAAGACAAAAAGUUACCCCCAGGAGCAAAAACAUCAGCUCUAGAGGAGGAACAGAAAUAUGACUUACUUAAAACUCAAGUACAGAUUGCUGAAGAAAAACCUGAAGGCAGAGUGGCUCCAGAGGCAGUGCAAGAAAAGAAACAACCACUGACCAAGAUGGAAGAUUUACCAUCUGGUGCACCUCAGAGUUUGUCUAAGAAAGAUGAUGGAAUGACUCAAAAAAUAAAAGAACAGCCACAGGCAACAUGCUCGGCAAAGCCUGAUCAGAUGGAACCUAGGAAGGAAAAAACAGAAAAGGAAGAUGACAAAUCAGACACUUCAAGUAUUCAGCAGCCAAAAAGCCCACAAGGCCUGAGUGACACAGGAUAUUCUUCUGACGGAAUAUCAAGUUCGCUUGGUGAAAUUCCAAGUCUUAUUCCCAGUGACGAAAAGGAUUUGCUCAAGGGACUCAAAAAGGACUCUUUUUCACAAGAAAGCAGCCCAUCCAGCCCCUCGGAUUUGGCUAAGUUAGAAAGUAUGGUCCUAUCCAUUUUGGAAGCUCAGGCAAGUACACUUGAAGAAAAGUCAGAAAAGAAAACAGAACCCCACGAGGUUUCUUCUGAGCAGCCUAAGGACCAACAGAAAACUCAGAGUUUAGCCGAAACACUGGAAUCUACAGUUUCAGAGGAGCUUAAAGAGAGUCAAAAAGAAAAAGACACUGUUAAGAAAGAGAGCCAACAAGGCAUCCCUUCCAGAAAGGACCAUGAAGAAAAGUCUGAAUUUGUUGAUGAGUUGCCUACAAGAAGACAGCCUUAUGAUUCAAUUGAAGACAGUAGUGAAAGUGAAAACUCACCUGUUCCACAAAGAAAACGGAGAACUAGUGUUGGUUCAUCGAGCAGCGAUGAAUAUAAACAUGAAGAUAGUCAAGGAUCAGGUGAAGAGGAAGACUUCAUUCGAAAGCAAAUCAUAGAAAUGAGUGCUGAUGAAGAUGCUUCAGGUUCUGAAGAUGAUGAGUUCAUUAGGAACCAGCUCAAAGAGAUUAGUAGUAGUACUGAAAGCCAGAAGAAGGAAGAAACCAAAGGGAAGGGAAAAGGAACAGCAGGGAAACACAGGCGACUGACGCGAAAAAGUAGUGCAAGCUUUGAUGAUGAUGCAGGGAGACGCCAUUCAUGGCAUGAUGAAGACGAUGAGACCUUUGAUGAAAGUCCUGAACUUAAAUACAGAGAAACUAAAAGUCAGGAGAGUGAAGAACUUGUAGUUGCCGGAGGAGGAGGGCUACGUCGAUUCAAAACGAUUGAACUCAAUAGCACGAUCGCAGAUAAAUACUCUGCAGAGUCAUCACAGAAAAAAACAGCUUUGUACUUUGAUGAAGAGCCAGAAUUAGAAAUGGAAAGCUUGACAGACUCUCCGGAAGAUCGGUCAAGGGGGGAAGGAUCUUCUAGUCUUCAUGCUUCCAGCUUCACUCCUGGCACAUCCCCUACAUCAGUUUCGUCACUUGAUGAGGACAGCGACAGUAGCCCAAGUCACAAAAAAGGAGAGAGCAAACAGCAACGCAAAGCUCGACACAGAUCGCAUGGCCCUCUUUUACCUACGAUUGAAGAUUCUUCAGAGGAAGAAGAAUUGAGAGAGGAAGAAGAAUUAUUGAAGGAGCAAGAAAAGCAACGGGAAUUAGAACAGCAGCAAAGAAAGACUUCUAGUAAGAAAUCAAAGAAAGACAAAGAUGAACUUCGAGCUCAGAGAAGGAGGGAAAGACCAAAGACACCACCCAGUAAUCUCUCUCCCAUCGAAGAUGCGUCUCCAACAGAAGAAUUACGUCAAGCUGCAGAAAUGGAGGAGCUCCAUCGAUCUUCUUGUUCUGAAUAUUCACCUAGCAUAGAGUCAGACCCAGAAGGCUUUGAAAUAAGCCCAGAAAAGAUAAUCGAAGUACAAAAAGUUUAUAAAUUGCCCACAGCUGUGUCUUUAUACUCACCGACAGAUGAGCAAUCUAUUAUGCAGAAAGAAGGUAGCCAAAAGGCAUUAAAAAGCGCUGAGGAGAUGUAUGAAGAAAUGAUGCAUAAAAGCCAGAAAUAUAAAGCUUUUCCAGCUGCAAGUGAACGAGAUGAAAUGUUUGAAAAAGAGCCUUUGUACGGUGGGAUGUUAAUAGAGGAUUAUAUUUAUGAAUCUUUAGUAGAGGACACAUAUAAUGGUUCCGUUGAUGGCAGUCUGCUCACGAGGCAAGAAGAAGAAAAUGGAUUUUUACAGCAGAGAGGGAGAGAGCAAAAAAUAAGACUUCCAGAACAGAUUUAUGAAGAUCCCAUGCAGAAAAUUACAGACCUUCAGAAAGAGUUUUAUGAGCUAGAAAGCUUACAUGCUGUUUUGCCUCAAGAAGACAUUGUUUCAAGCUCUUUUAUCAUCCCAGAAAGCCAUGAGAUUGUGGAUCUGGGUAGUAUGGUAACUUCUACCAGUGAAGAAAAGCAGUUAUUAGAUGCUGAUGCUGCCUACGAAGAACUCAUAAAAAGGCAACAGAUGCAAUUAACACCUGGAUCCAGCCCAACCAAGCCCCCCAUCAGGGAUGAUAUGACAGAAUCUACUGUGGACUUUGACAGGGUGCCUGAUGCAUCUUUGACAUCAAGUGUUCUCUCAGGCGUAUCUCUUACAGAUUCGACCAGCAGUGCCACACUCUCCAUCCCAGAUGUUAAAAUAACCCAACAUUUUUCAACAGAAGAAAUUGAGGAUGAAUAUGUGACUGAUUAUACAAGAGAAAUUCAAGAGAUAAUUGCUCAUGAGUCACUGAUUUUGACCUACUCUGAGCCUUCAGAAAGUGCUACGUCUGCCCCACCCUCUGACACACCCUCUCUCACAUCAUCUGUUUCUUCAGUUUGUACCACAGAUAGCUCCUCGCCCAUUAGUACCCUGGAUAGCAUAACCACAGCUUAUACUGAGCCCGUGGACAUUGUAACUAAAUUUAAAGAUUCUGAGGAAAUUUCUUCAUCAACAUAUUUCCCAGGCAGCAUUAUAGACUAUCCAGAAGACAUAUCUUUAGAUCGGCCGAGCAUACCAGAUGGUAGAACUAGUGCUGGUCACAUUGUGAUUUCCUUAUCUGAUAGGGAACCUUCUCUCAUAGAAUCUGUAGGAACUAAACUUGAGGGGCUAAUUGCUGACACUAUUUCCACUGACUUAUCUGUAUCUGAAAAAGACCCAGUGAAGAAAGCCAAGAAGGAAACAGGGGAUGGAAUUAUUCUGGAAGUUUUGGAAGCUUACAGAGAUACAAGGAAGGAGUCGGAGGCCAAACUAACAAAAAUUAGCCUCUCUGAAACUGUGUUUGAUCAGACACCUUCUUCUCUAACAGCCCUUCCAAUGAAGGAGCAGGUUUCAACUACAUGCUUUUUAUCUGAAGACGUUUUUGGUCCAGCAAAGCCUGCAUCUCAGGUGCCAUCUGGCACUCCUAUUUCCUGUCUUCCAACUAAAGCUCGUCCAUUCCUUCGAAGUUCUUCUUUGGAUGCCUCAGCCCAACCUCCUCCCCCACCCCCUCCUCCCCCACCCCCUCCUCCCCCUCCACCCCCUCCUCCACCCCCACCUCUUCCUCCACCAACCUCACCUAAACCAACUAUUCAUCCUAAAAAAAAGGUAACGGUUCCAGCUCCAGUUACUGCAACUACUGCAGCUACACCUCUAGUAGAUUCUGUUGCUACAGUAGAGACCACAGCUGCUCCAGGAAGUAAUGGGUUACCUAUAACAAAAAUAUGUACCACUGUACCUCCUCCUGUCCCCCCUAAGCCAUCUUCAGUUCCAUCUGGACUUGUAUUUACACAUAGACCUGAGCCAAGCAAACCUCCAGUUGCCCCUAAACCAGCAGUUCCUGAACCUCCAGUCACUACCGCAAAACCAACAGAUACGCAGCCCAAACCAACAGGUCUACCUAUAACUUCAAAUAUGACAUUAAAUUUAGUGACUUCAGCAGAUUAUAAAUUGCCUUCCCCUACCUCUCCACUUUCCCCUCACUCUAACAAGUCCUCGCCAAGAUUUUCCAAGUCCCUCAUGGAAACUUACGUGGUUAUCACAUUGCCGUCUGAACCUGGGACUCCAACAGAUUCUUCAGGGAGUCAAGUUAUUACCAGCUGGCCCUUGGGAUCACCCACCAAAGAUCUGAUUUCCAUUGAGCCAGUAUUUUCUGUAGUUCCUCCUAUGAAAGCUACAGAAAUUUCAAGUUCUUCACAACAGAGCCUGUACAUCUCAGGAGCUUUGGAGACAUUUUCUGCUAUCCCCGUCACAACACUAUCUUCAUUUCAAGAACCCCCAACUUCAGUUACACAGUUUCUCCCAGCUGAAGUUUCCAAGGCUGAGUUUUCAACAGCCAAAAGUACAAUCGCUAGUACUGGUCUCAGCAGCGUCUCUAUAUCCAUUCCUCCAGAGCCUCUUGCUCUAGAUCACCUCCAUUUAGAGAAGCAACAGUAUAAAGAAAAUGUCAAGUUGCAACUUGUUGGUGAUGCUAUUGAUCUGCGUACAGUACCCAAAGUAGAAGUUAAAGUAACUGAAAAAUGUAUGGAUCUUUCUGCUUCCAUGAUGGAUGUGAAGAGGCAGACCACAAUAAGUGAAAUGUAUGGGAGACAAAUUAGUGCUGUCCAGCCCUCUAUUAUAAAUCUCAGUGCAGCUUCAUCAGGAGUGACUCCAACAUCCCUGGUCACUGAGACAGUGACUGUUGUCACGUGCACAGCUACUGCAAGUUACACCACAGGCACAGAAAGCCUAGUGAGUCUAGAACAUGCAACAGCAAUGCCACUCCAGCUCACUACAUCAAAGCAUGUAGAGCCCCCAUGCAGGGUACCAAGUGGCCAGGCCUUUCCUACAGUUAGGGAGGAAGCACCAAUAAACUUAUCUUUAAGCACUUCUGUACACCCAGUGACAUCAGCUCUUACGAAACCCAUUACUGCACUUCCUGGUGGUGUCACAAAUGGAUGGACUGAUAGCACCACAUCACAGGGCAUCACUGAUGGGGAAGUAGUGGAUCUCAGUACCUCCAAGUCUCAUAGAACUGUUGUAACAAUGGAUGAAGCUACUUCAAAUGUGGUGACCAAAAUAAUAGAAGAUGAUGAAAAGCCUGUUGAUCUGACCGCAGGAAGAAGAGCUGUGUGCUGUGAUAUGGUUUAUAAGUUACCUUUUGGAAGGAGCUGCACGGCACAGCAGCCUGCAACAACUCUUCCUGAGGAUCGUUUUGGUUAUAGGGAUGAUCACUAUCAAUAUGAUCGAGCAGGGCCAUAUGGUUAUAGAGGGAUUGGGGGAAUGAAACCUUCCAUGUCUGACACUAAUUUAGCAGAAGCUGGACAUUUUUUCUAUAAAAGUAAGAAUGCUUUUGAUUAUUCUGGAGGAACUGAUGCAGCAGUAGAUCUAACUUCAGGGAGAAUUACUACAGGUGAGGUAAUGGAUUAUUCAAGCAAGACUACAGGUCCAUAUCCAGAAACACGACAAGUCAUUUCAGGAGUUGGGAUUAGUACCCCACAGUAUUCCACAGCAAGAAUGACUCCACCUCCAGGACCUCAGUAUGGUGUGGGGAGUGUUUUGAGGUCAUCUAAUGGUGUUGUCUAUUCUUCAGUAGCAACUCCAAUUCCUUCCACAUUUGCUAUCACCACACAACCUGGCUCCAUUUUCAGCAAAACCAUGAGGGAUUUGUCUGGUGUGCACUCAACUGACGCUGUGACUUCAUUAUCCGCCCUGCACCAGAGCCAGCCAAUGCCUAGAUCAUAUUUCUUGACAACAGGGGCAUCUGAAACAGACAUUGCAGUGACUGGUGUUGAUAUCAAUGCCAGUUUGCAAACUAUCACUAUGGAAACUCUGACAGCUGAGACGAUGGACUCGGUUCCCACUUUAACCACAGCGUCUGAAGUCUUUUCUGAAGUGGUGGGAGAGGAAAGUGCGCUUCUAAUCGUCCCCGAAGAAGGUAAGCAACAACAGCAACUGGACUUGGAGCGCGAGCUCUUGGAACUGGAGAAAAUUAAGCAGCAGCGUUUUGCUGAGGAAUUAGAGUGGGAACGGCAGGAAAUUCAAAGGUUCCGAGAACAGGAAAAGCUCAUGGUUCAAAAAAAGCUGGAGGAGCUGCAGUCAAUGAAGCAGCACCUCCUGUAUCAGCAAGAAGAGGAGCGGCAAGCCCAGUUCAUCAUGAGACAGGAGACGUUAGCGCAGCAACAGUUGCAGCUGGAGCAGAUCCAGCAGCUGCAGCAACAGCUUCACCAGCAGCUCGAGGAGCAAAAGAUCCGCCAGAUCUACCAGUAUAACUAUGACCCUUCUGGAACUGCUUCUCCACAAACCACUACAGAGCAGGCCAUUCUGGAAGGUCAGUAUGCUGCCCCAGAAGGUGGUCAGUUUUGGGCGACCGAAGAUGCAACCACCACAGCCUCUGCCGUGGUGGCGAUUGAAAUACCACAAAGCCAAGGAUGGUACACAGUGCAGUCGGACGGGGUUACUCAGUACAUUGCCCCACCUGGCAUCCUGAGUACUGUUUCAGAAAUACCUCUGACAGACGUGGUUGUAAAAGAGGAGAAGCAGCCCAAAAAGAGAAGUUCUGGAGCUAAAGUCCGUGGCCACUAUGAUGAGAUGGGGGAAAAUCUGGCAGAUGAUCCCCGCUGCUUUAAAAAGAUAGUGGACAGCGGGGUACAAACUGACGAUGAAGAGUCAGCGGAUCGGAGUUACGUGAGUAGGAGAAGGAGAACUAAAAAGAGUGUCGAUACAAGCGUCCAAACGGAUGAUGAAGAUCAGGAUGAAUGGGAUAUGCCUACUAGAUCAAGGAGAAAAGCUCGCGUAGGGAAAUACGGUGACAGCACUACAGAGGCAGACAAGGCCAAACUCCUUUCCAAAGUCUCCAGUAUAGCAGUUCAAACAGUAGCAGAGAUAUCUGUGCAAACUGAACCAGUCGGAACCAUAAGAACGCCUUCGAUACGGGCACGCGUGGAUGCCAAGGUAGAAAUAAUUAAACACAUUUCAGCACCAGAAAAGACUUACAAAGGGGGCAGUUUAGGAUGUCAAACAGAAGCAGAUUCAGACACACAGAGUCCUCAAUAUCUGGGUACCACAUCUCCACCCAAAGACAAGAAACGCCCAACACCUUUAGAGAUCGGUUAUUCAUCUCACCUUCGGGCAGAUUCCACAUUACAGCUGGCUCCUUCCCCACCCAAAUCUCCAAAAGUCCUUUAUUCACCCAUCUCACCACUUUCACCAGGCAAAGCCUUAGAAUCAGCCUUUGUACCUUAUGAGAAACCCCUCCCUGAUGAUAUAAGUCCACAGAAAGUACUGCACCCCGAUAUGGCUAAAGUUCCCCCAGCAAGUCCUAAGACAGCCAAGAUGAUGCAACGCUCCAUGUCUGACCCCAAGCCUCUGAGUCCAACAGCAGACGAAAGUUCCAGGGCUCCUUUUCAGUAUACCGAGGGCUACACGACAAAAGGUUCUCAAACCACGACGCCCUCUGGCACUCAGAAGAAAGUGAAGAGAACUCUGCCAAACCCACCUCCCGAGGAGACCUCCACAGGAACUCAGUCAACAUACAGCACUGUGGGCACAGUUUCCAGGAGAAGGAUCUGCAGAACCAACACGAUGGCACGAGCCAAGAUUCUCCAGGAUAUAGACAGAGAGCUCGAUCUUGUGGAGAGGGAAUCUGCAAAGCUUAGAAAGAAACAAGCAGAACUUGAUGAGGAAGAGAAGGAGAUUGAUGCCAAGUUACGGUACCUGGAAAUGGGGAUUAACAGGAGGAAAGAGGCAUUGUUAAAGGAGAGGGAAAAGAGAGAAAGAGCCUACCUCCAGGGAGUAGCUGAGGAUCGUGAUUACAUGUCCGACAGUGAGGUCAGCAGCACCAGACCCGCCCGAAUCGAGAGUCAGCAUGGCAUAGAGCGACCGAGGACUGCUCCCCAAACCGAGUUCAGCCAGUUUAUACCACCACAAACCCAAACAGAAUCUCAGCUAGUCCCUCCUACAAGUCCUUAUACCCAAUACCAAUACACUUCCCCUGCUCUUCCUACCCAAGCACCCACCCCAUACACCCAACAAUCCCACUUCCAGCAACAGACUCUGUACCAUCAGGAAGUUUCACCUUAUCAGACUCAGCCAGCCUUCCAAGCUGUGGCAACAAUGUCCUUCACACCUCAAGCUCAACCUACACCAACACCACAACCUGCUUAUCAGUUACCAUCACAGAUGAUGGUAAUACAACAAAAGCCCCGGCAAACUGCGCUAUAUUUGGAGCCCAAGAUAACUUCAAACUAUGAGGUGAUUCGCAACCAACCCCUGAUGAUAGCACCUGUUUCUACUGAUAAUACAUAUGCUGUUUCCCACCUUGGUAGUAAGUACAACAGCUUAGACUUGAGAAUAGGAUUGGAGGAAAGAAGUAGCAUGGCAAGCAGCCCAAUAUCAAGCAUAUCUGCAGAUUCUUUCUAUGCAGAUAUUGACCAUCAUACUCCACGAAAUUAUGUCUUAAUUGAUGACAUUGGAGAGAUUACAAAAGGAACAGCCGCUUUAAGCACUGCAUUUAGCCUUCAUGAAAAAGAUCUGUCAAAAACAGACCGUCUCCUUCGAACCACUGAGACACGUAGGUCUCAAGAAGUGACAGAUUUCCUAGCACCUCUGCAGACUUCUUCCAGAUUGCAUAGUUAUGUGAAAGCAGAGGAAGACCCGAUGGAGGAUCCUUAUGAGUUAAAGCUUCUGAAACAUCAGAUUAAACAAGAAUUCCGUAGAGGGGCAGAGAGCUUAGAUCACCUCGCUGGUCUUUCCCAUUAUUACCAUGCCGAUACUAGCUAUAGACAUUUUCCAAAAUCUGAAAAGUAUAGCAUUAGUAGACUCACACUUGAAAAACAAGCAGCAAAACAACUACCAGCAGCCAUACUUUAUCAGAAGCAGUCAAAGCAUAAGAAAUCACUAAUUGACCCUAAAAUGUCCAAAUUUUCACCUAUUCAAGAAAGUAGAGACCUUGAACCUGAUUAUUCGAGCUAUAUGACUUCUAGCAGUUCAUCUAUUGGUGGCAUUUCUUCCAGGGCAAGGCUUCUUCAAGAUGAUAUCACUUUUGGCCUCAGAAAAAACAUUACAGACCAACACAAAUUUUUGGGAUCAUCUCUUGGCACAGGGCUGGGCACAUUAGGAAAUACCAUACGGUCAGCUCUGCAGGAUGAAGCAGAUAAGCCAUACAGCAGUGGCAGCAGGUCCAGACCUUCUUCCAGACCUUCCUCUGUCUAUGGGCUUGAUUUAUCAAUUAAAAGAGAUUCUUCCAGCUCUUCUCUAAGACUGAAAGCUCAAGAGGCGGAAGCUCUAGAUGUUUCCUUUAGUCAUGCAUCACCCUCUGGCAGAACUAAGCCUACCAGUUUGCCGAUUAGCCAGAGUAGAGGAAGAAUACCAAUUGUGGCCCAGAAUUCUGAAGAGGAAAGUCCACUCAGUCCUGUUGGCCAGCCAAUGGGAAUGGCCAGGGCUGCAGCUGGACCCCUGCCACCAAUAUCUGCAGACACCAGGGAUCAGUUUGGAUCAAGUCACUCAUUGCCUGAAGUUCAACAACACAUGAGAGAAGAAUCACGGACUCGAGGCUACGAUCGUGACAUAGCUUUCAUCAUGGAUGACUUCCAACAUGCCAUGUCAGACAGUGAAGCCUAUCACCUGCGUCGUGAAGAAACAGAUUGGUUUGACAAACCCAGGGAAUCUCGUUUGGAAAAUGGACACGGUCUGGAUCGAAAACUGCCAGAAAGGUUGGUCCACUCUAGACCACUCAGUCAACAUCAAGAGCAGAUUAUACAGAUGAACGGGAAAACUGUGCACUACAUCUUUCCUCAUGCAAGGAUAAAAAUAACAAGAGACUCCAAGGAUCACACAGUUUCAGGUAAUGGAUUAGGAAUUAGAAUUGUGGGUGGUAAAGAAAUCCCUGGACAUAGCGGAGAAAUUGGAGCUUAUAUCGCCAACAUUCUUCCUGGGGGAAGUGCAGAACAGACAGGGAAACUUGUAGAAGGCAUGCAAGUAUUGGAAUGGAAUGGAAUUCCUUUAACUUCCAAAACAUAUGAAGAAGUGCAGAGUAUCAUUAGUCAGCAAAGUGGGGAAGCAGAAAUAUGUGUAAGACUGGACCUCAGUAUGCUAUCAGAUUCUGAAAAUCCCCAGCACCUAGAACUUCAUGAACCACCAAAAGCUGUGGAUAAAGCAAAAUCCCCAGGGGUUGAUCCUAAGCAGUUGGCUGCAGAGCUCCAGAAGGUCUCGCUACAGCAGUCACCACUGGUUCUGUCGUCCGUCGUUGAAAAAGGAUCUCACGUUCAUUCAGGUCCUACAUCAGCAGGAUCCAGUUCUGUUCCCAGCCCUGGGCAACCAGGGUCACCCUCAGUGAGCAAAAAGAAACACAGCAGCAGCAAGCCUACUGAUGCAACAAAGGUUGUCUCUCAUCCAAUUACGGGGGAAAUUCAGCUUCAAAUCAACUAUGAUCUUGGAAAUCUCAUAAUACAUAUUCUCCAAGCAAGAAACCUUGUCGCUCGAGACAACAAUGGUUACUCAGACCCCUUUGUUAAAGUGUACCUUCUUCCAGGGCGAGGUCAAGUCAUGGUUGUCCAGAAUGCAAGUGCUGAGUACAAGAGAAGGACUAAAUAUGUUCAGAAAAGUCUUAAUCCUGAGUGGAAUCAAACAGUAAUUUAUAAAAGUAUCUCCAUGGAACAGCUCAAGAAGAAAACACUGGAGGUGACAGUCUGGGAUUAUGAUAGAUUUUCUUCCAAUGAUUUUCUUGGUGAGGUAUUGAUUGAUUUAUCUAGCACAUCUCACCUCGAUAACACGCCUAGGUGGUAUCCUCUCAAAGAACAGACUGAAAGCAUUGAUCAUGGCAAGUCCCAUUCCAGUCAAAGCAGCCAGCAGUCCCCAAAGCCGUCUGUCAUCAAAAGCAGAAGCCAUGGUAUCUUCCCUGACCCAUCCAAGGACAUGCAGGUUCCCACCAUUGAGAAAUCCCAUAGUAGUCCCGGUAGCUCGAAAUCCUCAUCCGAAGGCCAUCUCCGCUCUCAUGGACCAUCUCGCAGUCAAAGCAAAACCAGCGUCACUCAGACCCACUUGGAAGAUGCAGGGGCUGCUAUAGCCGCUGCCGAAGCCGCCGUGCAACAACUCCGCCUUCAACCAACCAAGCCCACCAAUCACCGGCCUGCAGAAAGCUCCGUGUCCACUGGCUCCUCGGGCAGCAGCUUUGGCAGUGGGUAUAGCGUGGACAGUGAAGGAAGCAGCAGUACUGCAGGGGACACUAAUCUAUUUCCUAUUCCAAGGAUAGGAAAGAUGGGGCAGAAUGGGCAAGAGACUAUAAAACAGCCAGGAGUAGGCGUAGGACUAGCAGACACUGAAGUUAAAACUCAGGUAAUGGGAGAAAUCAAGAUUGCACUGAAGAAAGAAAUGAAGACAGAUGGGGAACAACUCAUAGUUGAAAUCCUCCAAUGCAGAAAUAUCACCUACAAAUUUAAAUCUCCUGAUCACUUACCAGAUUUAUAUGUGAAAAUAUAUGUGAUGAAUAUUUCUACCCAAAAAAAGGUGAUCAAGAAAAAAACAAGAGUAUGUAGACAUGAUCGAGAGCCUUCAUUCAAUGAAACUUUUAGAUUCAGCCUAAGUCCUGCUGGACAUUCUCUUCAGAUUUUACUUUUUUCCAAUGGAGGGAAGUUUAUGAAAAAGACCUUGAUUGGUGAAGCCUGUAUCUGGCUAGACAAAGUGGAUCUCAGAAAAAGAAUAGUCAACUGGCACAAACUUUUGGUCAGUCCUACUCAAGCCCACUGAAGAAAUGUGUCUGCUCAGGGUAUAGAAAGUGCUUUAAACAGUCUUAAAUCAAGACUAUAGUCGAAUACUAUUGUUCUAAGCUAUGUUUACAGGGGUAACCAUGAGAAGAAGAACAAAAGGCAAAAACAUACUCAAAGGCUUGCAAAUGUAUUGUUGUGGAACAUAGAAAAAAAAACCUCAAAUGAAAAAGUUCAUAUAUUGAAGACAAGAAAAAAAGUUCUCAAACCUUGGAUUUCUUGUGGCUGUCAAGAAAAACGGUGAGAGAAAUUUUGUUUGCUUAAUGCAAAAAUUUUUGAGUAGAGUUGAGCUACAGCUAUCUAAAGGCUGAGACUCAAAGAUUAAUAUGUUUUCUAAUGCAGACAAAAGUAAUCCUUUAUGCAAAAGAACUUGGUUGAAAGGAAAAAACUAAUGGAACAAAUCUCAGUUUUAAAAAGUCUCUUCUUCAUCUUAUCUUCUCAGACAACUAACUGUUUUGAGAUUCUGACAUAGGAUACACCUACAAUAUGUGUCCAGACUAGAAGUAAGGAGCUUGUGUUUACAGGAAAAAGGGAACCAGGGAUGUAGAAAUUAUAGCUUUUAGAUCAUGUUGUACAGGUUUUCUCUGUGUCUAAAUGUUACAAGGGUGAACACCACCAGUUUUAGAAUUCAUGUUGUAAAAGCACACUAGUAGAACUUGAAAUAAAGUAUAGUUAAGACAAUACUAAGUAGAAAUGAAAUGACAUUUAUCUAGAAAUAAAGCCAUGACUGGCUAACAAAAAAGAAUAUUGCCCCACAAACUUUUGGAACCUUGGUUGAAACAUCAAAAACUCCAUAAUUUACCCUUAAUCCAAGACAUUUUCAGUCUACAUAGCAAAGGACCUAGAUUAAAUUAGUAUGUUCUAGGAAGCAUGAUAACUUGUUCUUUGUGGAAUUGCAAAUAAAUGUAUUAUCCCAUAUAUUUUCUUUCUCUUGAAUGAUACAUGGACAGAGAGAAAAUUCUUCCUCUGGCAAACAAAUCGUAUUAAUCUGUGACAUUGAUUAAAUUGGUGUCAUUUCCUGCUCUUCCACAAUGGUCUUUUUUUUCCCCUUAGUACAUUAACUUGUACAAUGAAAACCCUGACACUAAAUUCAAGUUCUCUUUAGUGCUCUAUUUUCCUACUUUAGUGACAGUAUCACAGUGAUCAAGUUCAUCAAUGUUGGGAAAAUAUGUGAAAAAUCAACAUUAUAUUAAAGUGAAAAUAUCCUUUGAGCUAUUUUAAUAAUAUGGAAUAAAAGGACCAACGUCUAAGUCAUUAAAAUGAAGCAUCCUCUUCCCCAUCAACCAACAACGUGAACAAAGGAGGUAACGUGGACUUAUAGGAGAUGCACUCGGCUAGGAUUAAAAGCCUGGCUUCUGGUCUUGGUUCUGCCGCUGACGAACUGUGUCACCUUGCACAUGUCACUUAAACUCAAUUUUCCUCAGUUUUCUUAUUUGUGGGAAAAUAUAAUUAUAUAUUCCUAGCCUUCCUAAUGGGAUGUUGGGAUGAUCAAGCUAAGUGAUCUAUGAGAGAAGAUGAAAGCACAUUUCCAAAUAUAGUUUUAUACACAUAAGUGAGGAAUAAGUAUUAUGCAGUUUUUUAUUUCCCAAUUUUUAUAUGUGAAAAAGCAUCUUCCAAACCAAUAGCAAGCACUGACAUGGAUAAAAGCAGUAUAUUGGCUCCAAAACUAUUUUUUUCUUUAAAAUAUAAACUUUCGUUUAACCUAAAAAGGGGAGAAAAUUCAAUGAAAAUGACUUGCAAAUCGGAUUAUCAUAAAUUAAGUAAAUUAUGCCGAUUUUAUCCUAUUCCCAUAUCCACAAAAAUAAAUUAAUUAAAUUGCUUCUCUGUGAAUUCUGAGCUUAAGAGCUGAUUCUUUAUUCAAAGGUGAGGUUUUAGUGAGAUCAGAGAAAUCAUCUCCAAAUAUAUUGCUCAGAUAUUGAAUCUUCUCAUUUUUAGAGAAAAACAUACUUGAAAUCUGAGAGGAAUUGAUUGAAUUUAAGACAUUAAAAAAUAAUUUCUAAUAAAUACCAGGUUACAUAUCUUUAUUAUAUUCAUAAAAAAUACAAAUUCACGCCUUUCCAAUCUGAGAAAGAUAAGUCACUUUUCUUCCCUCUAUUUUUUAAGACCCUCUCCCCCGAAAAUGCAAUGUCAUUUAUCAUUGAUAUUGCUGUAAAAUGAACGUGCAGCGAGGGGAUCGCUAAGGAUUUGAUAUUGCUAGGAUUCUAUUUUUAGAGACAACUAGAUCUGCUGAUGGUUGCCAUGGAUAUUUCCAGCAGAAUUUAGCACUUUAGGAAGCUUAUAAUCAUCACUCAUAACUGGGGAAGGGAAGGGCUCAGGAAGAUCUCUUUCUGACAUAAAAAGGCUCUGCUGUUUGUCCUUAAAGGAAACUCUGGCUCCCGUGGAUCCUUUUCUGCAGCCACUUACAUCCAGAAGUGUGCGUGAGAGGUUUAUGACCAGUUAGUUUACUUCAUUCCAGCUGCAGUUUCUUUUAGGAUACACAAAAGGAGGUGCCACCGAAACAAAGGUCAUACCUUGGUAGCUAUUUGACCUGAAAAAGUAGGAGUCUUUCCAUUACAGGUGCCCCUCUGUUCCAACAACUGGUGAUGGGGCCAGGCCAAUGCAGAGAGUUAAGUGACAGGGCUUCUUUUUGUGCACCAGCAUCCCCCUUCAGAGAGCAUAAGUGUGCCAAGUUUGCAGCUGACCAAACUCCUAGGUUGUACUGGAAUUAUUCUAUGCAACACUGAUCCUUCUACAAAUGCAUUUCUUCUGAAUGAUACUGAUUACCCUUCUUAAAACGAAACUAUUUCUUUUUUAAUUGCAAAUAGGGCUCUUGGUGUUUUUUACUUUUUGUAUAUAUCACAGCACAUGAUUUUCCACUUUUUAUUUCAUUUGUUUUACCAGAAUUAGCUUUUUUUAUCCUAAUAGAGACAAAGUUUGUAGUCUCUAAAUAACACGUGAUUAGUCCGACUAUAGCACUUAUACCUUGAAAAGCAUCUUAAUUUUUCCUACAACUUCAUUGAGUCAUCAGAGACGGAAGUUGCUUCUUGGUUUAAAAUUCGGUCCUCAAGAAACCUUUAGCUGUGAAGCAAAAGCACAGAGUGAAUUUUUACAAAAGACAGGGAUAUCUAGAAUGGUCGUGACAGACACAGACAACGCUAGGAGCAAGAAGUUGGUGUUUCCCUGUUUUACUUAAGGUUAAGGAGACUUUUGGCGACUCUGAACUCUUUAUUUAUCACUUCAGUUUAAAGGAAGAGUAUCCAAGACUAAGGGGUAGUGAUUGUCUUUGCUCCUUAGUGUUGCCCAUAUUGUAAUUAAUCACACUAGUAAGUGCAUAUUUUCAGCAUAUCAGUGGAUUUAAUUUUGUGGAUCACACACAUUAAGAUAGUCAUAUUGUGGGAAUAUUAUAGCUGGUAACCAGCUGAUAUUGAUUCUUAUUAUAGGAACGGUUGUGAUGAUCAUGGUGAUAGAGGUAGUGAACUAGGUUGGUGGUGAUGUGAAAUAAAAUGAAAUAAUAUACUAUAUUGUGCCCAAUUUAUCAGAAACGAUUUGAUCAGUGUUUCAUUUCAUUAAGAUAUCAUAAAGAUGUUUAUAGUAUUUUUUUACUUUAUUAUUUAAAUCAUAACUAACAAUAUUUUUAAAAACUUAUUUUCAUUGCUACAAUGUCUAAUAUUCCAAAAGCAGCCAACUACAGCUAUAUAUGUGUUUAUAACUCUAUGUGUGACAGAGUGAUUUUCCCUCUUUUUGAGCUUGGAGCUGGAAGUAAAAGAAAGCUCAAUGAAUAAUUAUGAGCUGUCUCUUUAAUAAUAACUUGCCUUUGAUGUAACACAAGAAUGAAUGAGUGAAACAGAUAAUCUCAUUGAAUAUGACACAUUGAUGUUUUCUGUAUGUUCCAUGUUGUUAUUAUUAAAGAUAAUAAAUCAAAAGCAUUUAAUCAAGUGAUUCCUUAUCUGAUACGUAGAUUGACAGCAUUUUCUUAAUUCGUUACCCUGUACAUAAUUAUACAUUUGGUAACCUAGACGAAGUUGAAAUAUUAAAUCCUUGUGGCAUUCAGCAUGUGAAUAUGAUUCUUGUUUGAUUGUGUCUGUAUAUUUGUUGGUGAUGUGCUCAGGUGCUCCCACUACCAAUUAAUGUGUGUGCUGAUAUCCUAACAAAAACACAUCUGAUGUUAAAGGAAAUAAAUUUCUUGUCUGAAAAAAUAAAAACCUAAUAAAACUGAUUUCAAGAUAAAAAAUAGAGUACUUGGAGAUAUGUCUUGUUUCUAACUGUAUGUUGCAUGCUGUGUUGGUGAUUUGCUAAUGUGUCCUUUUUUUCUGUUCUACCCAAAUCUCUCUGGAAAAUCUAAUGAACAAAUAAAAAUUCUUGGGCUAAAUGUUGUGUAAAUUGAACUGAAAUACAUGAGAUUUGUAUAAAAAUGCUUGUAAAUCUGUCUUGAGUUUUAUUCUAUGUAAAAAUAUGUCUUGGUUUUGUGAUUGUAUACAAGAAGUAUCUUGAUAACUUACGCAAAUUGUGCUGUAUAAAGGCUGUGGCCUCAGCCUUACUAAUAAAUACUGAAAAUAUCAACUUCGA